ACAUUUCCCUAAUGUUUUCCAAGUUCCAAAUAGGACCUUAAUUUUUACACAUUUCUCUACUUAUUAACUCUGGAUUGCAUAAUGGAAGAUAUCCGAUCUCCCAUCCUAUAUUCUUCCAUCCACUCCCAAGUUUGGAAGAGAGCAGCACUGCAGCGUCUGCGUCUCUCUCUCUCUCUCUGGACCAGAAGUGAGUGGACAGGUCUUACAUUAUUCCUCAAUCUGCAUCUGCUAAUCUGCGGCCUGAGGGAGCAAGGAGAUCACAACGCUGUGAAGGACCUGCGUGUUCUGUGUGACUGAGUCUCUGGCUGUGGACAACUGGACUCACUGAUAAAGGGUAAAUAUGGAAGAUGUCUUAACGGACAUUCCUCCGCCGUCAAGGUUCUUUCAGGAAGAUCUGAAUAACUUCACUCCUCCUCCCCCUUCUUUGCCAUCUCCUUUUCUCUUGUUCUCUAACCCUAACCCUAACAAACCUCUACGCCCUUCACUCCUCAUCAUUGCCAUAUCUUCCCCAUCUCUUCAUGUUUUCCAUCAUGUCUCCUCUAAAAUCCUUGUUGGAAGUCUUAUCCUCCCUGAGAUCCCUUUCUCUGGCAACUCCAUUGAACCCUCUCUCAGAGAUAAAUCCUGUAACAUCUACACCCUUGACAUUGCCAAUGAUUUGGUGGUCAUCGUCUCCAUUCAGUGCUCUGUUGCUGCAGAGCGAUCUCAUGCUGUUGCGAAGUUGUUGAUUGGUGGACAGAUUGUUCCUGAGAGGGUUCUGAUAUUGGAUUCAGUUCAGAGCAGGAAUUUCCGUGGUGUACUGCCCCCAGAUGAAGCAUUUGCCUUAAAGCUGGAGACAUCACUGGAAAGAGCAGGGUUGAAUGAUAGCUGUGGAAGACUGCUUAAGAAUGUAAACUAUUUUUCAUCAGGAAGUGUAAUAGAUGGCUUGGCUGCAGCUCUGUUGGCCCGAUGCCAGAUGAGGAAGCUCAAAGGCACUCUUUGCGUUUCAUGGCCUGAGCAUGGUGGUUCUGCAGUAUCACUGGUUAAAUCAUUACUACUGAAGGACGUGUUACCUCGCUUGGAGUUUGGCUCAAAUGAUGAUGAUCAGGAUGAAUGCUUGAGAUUUGACAGGAUUAAGGAUCAUCCUUUUGAUUCUGAGUUGUACACCUGAUGAACAAAGUUUUGUGAUUGUGAUCCUUUUUUUCAAAUUGUUUGAUAUAUGAUCAUUCUUGUUUGGUGCCAUUCAUGGAUGCACCUUGUAGACUUUGCACUCUGCUGUGCAUCUGUGACAUGUCUUGGCUUGUUUUUGCUACUUGCACUGACCUUAACAGAGAUUGUCUUUUCAUUCUAGUAUUUCUAAAUUUCCUGCAUUCAGCUGGAUUCAUUUUAAAAA